AUGUCUGAAAACGCGGGCUCGCAGUCCGGCCCCGCGCCGAGCGACCGCGUCGUCAUUGGCCUUGCCUUUGGCAACUCCAACAGCUCCAUCGCCUACACUGUUGACGACAAGGCCGAGGUCAUUGCGAACGAGGACGGAGACCGUCAGAUCCCCUCGAUCCUGUCCUACGUCGAUGGCGAUGAGUACUACGGCCAGCAGGCCAAGGCCUUCCUCGUCCGCAACCCCAAGAACUCGAUCGGCUACUUCAAGGAGUUUGUCGGCCAGGACUUCGCCUCCAUCGACCCCACCCACAACCACGCCUCUGCCCACCCCCAGGAGGCCGACGGUGUGAUCACCUUCACCGUCAACGACAAGGACGCCGAGACUCCCUCCACCAUCUCCGUGUCCGAGGUCAGCACCCGCUUCCUCCGCCGCCUCGUGGGUUCCGCCUCCGACUACAUCGGCAAGAAGGUCACCUCGGCCGUCCUCACCGUCCCCACCAACUACUCAGACAAGCAGAAGGCUGCCCUGAUAAAGGCCGCCACCGACGCCGGUCUCGAGGUCCUUCAGCUCAUCGCCGAACCUGUCGCCGCCGCCCUCGCCUACGACGCGAGGCCCGAGGCCGAGGUCAGCGACAAGAUUGUCGUCGUCGCCGACCUUGGCGGCACCCGCUCUGACGUGGCCGUCCUCGCCUCGCGCGGCGGCAUGUACACCAUCCUCGCCACGGCGCACGACUACGAGUUUGCCGGCUGCCACCUCGACGACGUCCUGAUCGAGCACUUCUCCAAGGAGUUCAUCAAGAAGCACCAGAAGGACCCCCGCACCAACCCCAAGAGCCUGGCCAAGCUCAAGUUCGAGGCCGAGGCCACCAAGAAGGCGCUGUCCAUCGGCACCAACGCCAGCUUCAGCGUCGAGAGCCUCAUUGACGGCUUUGACUUUGCCUCGACCGUCAACAGGCUGCGCUACGAAAUGUCGGCCCGCAAGGUCUUCGAGGGCAUCAACCGCCUCAUCGAGGGCGUCAUCAAGAAGGCCGGCCUCGACGUGCUCGACAUUGACGAGGUCGUCCUGUCCGGCGGCACCUCGCACACGCCGCGCAUUGCCAACAACCUCGUCGGCCUCUUCCCCGAGUCGACCAAGAUUGUCGCCCCCGCCACGAGCGCCACGGCCAUCAACUCCUCGGAGCUUCAGGCCCGCGGCGCCGCCCUCCAGGCCUCGCUCAUCCAGGAGUACGAGUCGGACGACAUUGACCAGUCCACCCACCCCGCCGUCACCACCGUCAAGCACAUUGCCAACGCCAUUGGCGUCGUCACGCGCGUCGCCGACGAGGACGUCUUCACCCCCAUCGUCCCCGCCGAGACGGCCGUCCCGGCCCGCCGCACCGUCCACGUCCCCGUGCCCAAGGCCGGCGGCGACGUCCUCAUCCGCGUCGUCGAGGGCGGCACCCACAUCAAGGUCACCAAGCCCGAGCCCAAGGAGAAGAAGGCCGACGACUCGGACGACGAUUCGGACGAUGACUCGGACGAGGAGGAGGAGGAGGAGCACCGCGAGAAGGUCUGGAAGAUCGGCAGCACCGUUGCCGAGGCCGCCAUCCGCGGCGUCAAGGCGGGCGGCAAGGUCGAGGUCACCAUCAACGUCAGCGCCGAUCUCGGCGUCACCGUCACGGCGAGAGAGGUCGGUGGCAAGGGUGGCAUUCGCGGCCAGGUCAAGGCGCCGUGA